GUCUCUCCCACACACAGAUAUAUGUGAAAUGAACACGUACCUAUAAAUAAUAAACUGAUGACAAAAAUAAAAUAAAAGAAGGUUACAAUUUAUAAUUAUUGUACCGCCAAGCUUCUUGCGAGCUGUUUCAACUUUCAAGAAUGGCAUAUCUCGAAAGAGCAUCUCCAACGUUGAGAGAAACACUCCUCAAGAUAUAUCGUGCUGAAAAACCUAUCGAGGUCGAUCAACAUUUCCACGAGUUCGGUUCGAUUCAAUAUCACAUCAAGUACUCGGUUUCGGAUCCAAAUAUUGUGCAUGUAUCGACCUCGACGUUGCUUGAGACACAAGGAGCAGUGACGUUGAAGGAGAUUUCAAGUCACACUUAUGAGGUGAUUAAGAAUAUUGCAGUUGGUGUGAUUGAUAUUGUUGAUCCACCAAGGUUAGGGUUUCAAUUGACCCUUGCGCUUCACCUUAACAAUAUACCACGUGGCAAAGAAGCCAUCAAAGUCAUAACAAGGAUUUCCGAAAUACAAGCGUUAAUAUUAAGUAGCCAACUUAAAGAGAUGCUGAGAAAAAUGAAUUUUCAAGAUGAUUCACUGGCGAUGAACAACAACAACAGGCCCAUCAGGAUUGUUUAUCACCCAAGUGAACCUUUCUACGUCUUUAAACAGCCGGAGAAAAUUACAGCCGUGUUUCCAAUGAAUUUUAAAGAUAACUCGGAUGUGGUCAUUGCCACAUCGUUCUUCCAGGAGUUAGUGGAAGUGGGAAGUCAAAAGGAAAUGGGAAAGGCACCACAAUGUAGUUGGUCACCAAUACCUCCUCUCCAACUUAGAGGAGAACCGGUCCAAGACUUAACCACCAAUUCUGGUUUUGUAUCUUUUGAUAUUACUUCACGGCACGUUGAAGGAAAGAGACUAGACAAAACGGUUUGGAAUUUGCUAAAUUUCUACGCAUACGUUAAAUAUCAUAUUAAGUGUUCGAGAGGAUACAUACAGAGAAAAAUGAGAAAAAGAAUGGACAGUUUAGUUAAGCUGCUUGAUAACACAAGCCUAGAAGAAGAAGCUGAUCAUCAAAAGGAAAACGGAAGAUGCAAAUACGUAAAGGAGUUUGUGAAGGUACCAAAAGGCAAAUUGAUGAUGAAACAACGAUGCAAGGAGAUGACAAGGAGAGUGAAGAUAAGUAAGUUCCGGAUCAAAAUGAACGGUUGUGCUCGAUUUCGAUUCAAUCAACGGUGGAUAUCUCUUCCCAAAUUCUCUUCGAAACCCUCAAAUAAAUCAUCAUACACAAAACUCGACUAAGUAAUCUCUUAACUCUCGAUUUGUCUUUCUUGUGACCACACGCUUCAAACUUGACUUUUAGUAGCAAUGCAUUGAUGAAGUAUAGUUUUCUGACGAUAAUACUAAAUUUAUAGAUGUUAAUUAAAAACAACCAAAAUAAAUCAAAUCAAGAGUUGGCAUUGAAUGCUGCAUGUACGUAACAGUUACUAUUCAGUAUGUACAAGUACCAUACAGUAUUCACUGUUUUAAAAAUACUAAGUUAGACCCGCGCUACGUCGUGAGAUAUUUUUUAUAACUAUUCUUAGAUAUAUUUAAUUAUUGAAAAUAUGUUUUUUUAACUGGAUUAAUUAUAAAAACUACAGUUUAUACAAUGUUAAGAUAGAAAAAUGCACUAAUAAAUAAAAAUAGAGUAAUCUCAAAGUCAAUCAUAGGAUGACUUAUAAAUGUUUACAUUUAAAUUGGGUAAAAUUAAUUAUAUAAAUAGUCUAACUAAUCCUAAUCUACGUUCUAUUUAUUUUCUUUACCUUUUGUGGAAGAUAUAUUAGUAUAGUUUGAAUUUGUGGUGUUUUC